GAAAUUUCAACACGAACCCGUGAAACAAAGCCUGCACAAUCAUGAGCGAUUUCCAAACUUGGUACAAACAAGUGCCGCCUUUUACACGGAUCUGGCUGACGGCCACGGUCGGUAUUUCGUUGCUGGCCAAAAUUGGAUUACUGCCUGUUGGUUAUCUUAUCCUGCAGCAAGCCCCGCUAUUCUACAAACUACAGCUAUGGAGGCCAAUGACAGCAGUACUGUUCUACCCACUGAAUCCCGGGACCGGAUUUCAUUUUAUGAUGAAUUGCUUUUUCCUGUACAAUUACUCGUUGCGGCUAGAGUCGGAUCAUUACAAACAAAAGCCUGGUGACUAUUUUUAUAUGCUCUUUUUCAACUGGAUCCUGUGCGUGAUCGUUGGUCUGGUGAUGGAUCUGCCCAUUCUGAUGGAUCCGAUGGUACUUUCAGUCUUGUACGUUUGGUGCAAACUAAAUCAGGAUGUAAUCGUUAGCUUCUGGUUCGGAAUGCGUUUCAAGGCGAUGUACCUUCCGUGGGUGCUGCUCGGCAUGAACAUGAUACUGUCCUCGGGAAGCAUAUUUUCGCUGGUGGGCAUCUUCGUUGGACACGCUUACUACUUCCUCAAGUUUAGUUAUCCCAGCGAGCUGGGAGGAGCCAGCCUCAUUGAAACGCCAUUCUUCAUCAAACGCUACUUUCCCGAUGUGCAGGGAGGCACGCACGGAUUCGGUGUACCGCCGGUCGGUCAGCGUCCGGUACCACAACAGCAGCAAGCCGAUAUGGCCGGUUUCCGCCAUGCGUGGGGCCGUGGACAUACGCUUGGACGCAAUUAGAAACGUGUGAUGCUUUUCGACUGUAAAUAGGCCAAUGAUGAUAUAUCUGUU